AUGCCAGAUGCCACCGCCGCCACGGUCGCCCGCACUUUCGUUUCCACCUGGGUCGCAAGAUUCGGUGUCCCUCCACAGAUCACCAUCGAUAGAGGCAAACAAUUCGAAUCUCGACUAUUCACAUCACUGACGCAGCUCCUCGGUACCAACCGUUGUCGCACGACUGCAUAUUACCCAUGUGCCAACGGUAUCGUCGAACGCUUCCACCGUCACCUGAAGGCGGCCAUCAUGGCCUAUGGCAAUUCAUCCAAAUGGCACGACUGUCUUCCAUUAGUCCUCCUGGGACUUCGGGCCUCGUGGAAAGAGGAUUUAGGCUGCACCGCUGCCGCCCUGGUGUACGGCACCAGCCUUGCCCUUCCGGCCCAGUGCUUCAAGAUCAUUUCCUCAACUGCCAUUAACCCCUCGGACUACGUAGAGGACCUGCGUGAUCAUUUCUCCCGCAUCACACCCACUCGGCUCGGACAUAACAUUAUUGAAAACGCCGAUAACUAUCGGAAACAAAAACGUUCCGAAGAAGUGGAUGAUCAAGAGACGAACCCCGGCAAGGAGCAAAGAUUCACCAUGGAAAUUAUAGAAGCAGAGGAUCCUUAG